AUGGCCUCAAUCCCCGACCGACAAUAUUCUUCACGGGCAGAACCUGCACCCUCGCCACCGAAACAAACAUUGGACUCCGAGACAUCCUCAAAUCUGCUCUCAGACUCUCCCUCCCACUAUUCGUCCUUCUCCAGCUCCGAUAGCGAUGAUCCACUCCCACAUGCGGUCGAGGUGACCGACGAAGAUGACGCCGGUAACAUGGUGGGGGGCGAAGAUGGUCUCUUCGCAUCGGAAAUCACGGCCGAGCCAGAGUCAGUGGAGCCCAAGGUUGAAAACCCUCCAGCUCCAGCUCCAGCACCAGCACCAGCGCCGCGCGAACGAAGGUCUGGACAUACGCCUCGGGCGUCAUACCCCUCCGCCCAGUAUAAACAACCUGAACCAGGUCACCUUGGCCAUGGCCCUCGCAGCGAUCUUUUCUCCUCGGGGACUGAGAAGACCGGCUCGAAAGAUACAACCGUGAGCCAGCGGUCUGGCUUCGUCGGCGCUUUAUUGAAAAAUACAUUGCCUCGUCGACAACGCAGCUGGUCCGGCGAGCUUAAGAAGUUCCUGCCUGACCUGACCUCUUUGAAGAAACGGCGCUCGCUCUCGUUCCGCGCCCCCAAUGGCCAAAAUCGAACUCGCAGCCAGACGGUAGCACCUGCAGCGAAGAAGAACUUGGGAAUACCGAAAAGAACUUCAUCGCUGGGUGGGCGCCCGCUGACAUCACGUCUUGCCCCAAGCGGCUCUAGCGUUGACGAUGAUGGAGAAGCCGCUGAGCCGAUACCCGAGCUACGCUCACCAGAUGGAAGCUCCGCCGCCAGACAUUCCUUCGCGCGGAGGCCGAGCUCAGUGAUGCCCGGUCGACCCCCAAGUUUGCGGAGGUCCUCGUCCGAUCAAUCGCUGUAUCUGCGUGCGUCGUCCACAGCAUCAUCCCUUGAGCAGCGACCAUUGUACGAGAAUGUGCACACUCAGGUAAACAGCCGGUUCAAGGCAAUCAAGGAUAGUCUCCAAGACUCGAGCAGCAGGCUGCUCAGUAUGCCGAAUCUCCAUCUGCAAGAUAUCCGCAAUGAUUGGGGCUCUCGUCCAUUCCUGCCAGACCUUGGAAACGGUCCAUCAAAUACUAGCAAUAGUGUCAAUGCUGUCAAAAAGGAACAAUCACCGCCGGCUACAGCUCCGCUCCCACCUCCGCGGAGCAGUACUAACCCAACACAUCCAAUCUUGGAAGAAGCAAUGGCAGAGCUCACGGGCGAUGUCGUGAUUCUAGGAGGCUACCGAGGAUCAAUCCUGCGAUCAGCUAAGCCACCCCACCGGCAACUUUGGGUGCCGAUGAAGGUCGGCCUGAACCUGCGUAAAGUGGACUUGGAGGUCGGCCUGAACCCAGAGGACGAAGAACGCAUGGAAGAAACCAUCAUUCCAUCUGGGGUUCUCUCCCACGUUGGCCCAGUGGACGUCUGUCGACGAUUGAUGAAGCGCCUGCGCAAGAGCGAAAAUGCCCAGCGCGGCGAACUGCGUGUCCACGACUAUGGAUAUGACUGGCGUUUAAGCCCUGAACUGCUUUCGCGCAGGCUCAUCUCCUUCCUAGAAAGUCUGCCAUGCAACCAGGAGCCUGCACCAGGUGAGUCCCGGCGUGGCGCUACAGUUAUCGCACACAGUCUGGGCGGUCUCAUAACCCGACACGCCGUCAACGAACGACCAGAUCUCUUCGCCGGAGUCGUGUACGCAGGCGUACCACAACACUGCGUGAACAUCCUCGGACCACUCCGCAGCGGCGACGACGUCCUCCUCAGCUCGCGCGUCCUGACAGCACAAGUAAACUUCACCUUCCGCACGAGCUUCGCCCUCCUCCCAGAAGACGGCCACUGCUUCAUCGACAAGCAAAGCAAAAAAGAAUUCCGCAUCGACUUCUUCGACCCCCACACCUGGGAGGAGCAUCGUCUCUCCCCUUGCAUGGGUCCUGCUCUCCCCGUCCCCACAUCAACCACAAACAACACACUGCUCGGCUUGAAAGACAUCUCCCUCCUCGGCAAGCGCUUCUCAAUGAGUCUGCGCGAUGACUCCGACGAACACCUCACUCAUGACGUACACAUCCCCCCUCAAGAAAGCCACCCCGUUCCUGCAGUAGACAAAGACAUCCACGAUCGCCACACAAAUGUACCACACAACCCAGCCCAGUACGCCGCACACGCAGCUGAAAAGGCCCAAAACCCAGCCGAUGGUUUGGUUGGACCAGGCACACAACCGCGCAGCAGCGCCGCAACUUCCAAAAUAGCCACGACGAGCACUAUCCCGCUCCCUGUGGCGAGAGAGUACCUACAGCGUACGCUGGCAGAAACGAAGCGGUUCAAGGAGAACCUUGCGUUCCGGCCUUCGCAUCAUUCUGAGAACAGAUACCCGCCUGCGGCGGUGUUGUACGGGAAGACGUUGCCGACUGUAUACGGGGCGCGGAUUGUGUCGCGUGAGAGUAUCAAGCAGGUUGAUGCGUAUGAUGAUCUUGCUUUUGCGGCUGGGGAUGGUGUUUGUCUUGCCUCGGCUGCGAUGUUACCGCCUGGAUAUAGGAUCAUCAAGGAUGGGUUGGUGAAGAGUGAUCGGGGACAUGUUGGGUUGCUUGGAGAUCUUGAAGGAGUUGGGCAGUGUCUUAAGGCUGUUCAUAGGGGGAGGAAGGAGGGUGUUGGAUUGGGGGAGAAGGAAUUAUAA